AUGGGAUCUAUUGAAGAUUUUACUAGCUCAGCCUCCGGGACCACCUCAUAUGAGGACCCCCGAUUACUGUUCAAUGUUUCACACCCUUCCAGCAUCUUUAUAUGUGGCUCCCAGGGUUCUGGAAAGAGUCAUACAUUAUCCUGCCUUUUGGAAACCUGUCUGAUAUCAUCAAAGGUUGGAAGAUUGCCCAAUCCGCUAACAGGGCUGGUCUUCCACUAUGAUACAUUCAUCAGUGACACAGUGGGAUCUCCCUGUGAAGCCGCCUUCUUGUCAUCACACUCAGAUGUCCAGGUCAGAGUACUUUGCUCCCCCACAAAUCUUCAAACCAUGCGGGGUUACUAUUCGAGAUUUAAUAUCCCAGUUGACCCAUUACAACUGGACCAGAGCCAUUUGAAUACAAAACGGAUGAUGGAUUUGAUGGCUGUUGCGCAGAAUGAGGGGCAGAUACCACUGUAUAUACAUACGGUGAAACGAGUCCUUCGCGAAUUGCGUAUCAAACAACAGGAGUCAGGGGCACCAUUUAAUUAUCAAGAGUUCAAGGAUACAAUCAUGCGUUCUGGGUUAACUCGGGAUCAAUUGGCACCUUUAAAGCAACGACUGGAUACUCUAGAGAGCUUUAUGCCUCCUGGGCAACCUGGCCGUUUAACCAUUGUUGAUAUGUCCUGUCCAUGCAUAUCCCCCGAGACCGCAUGCUCGCUUUUCAAUAUAUGCCUCGGGAUCUUCCUCGAACAAGACCCAACUAUUGGUCGUGUAGUUGCCCUCGAUGAAGCGCAUAAGUAUAUGAAUCUUUCUGCAGAGGCCCAGACUUUCACAGAAACCCUGUUAUCCGCAGUUCGUCUUCAACGACACCUUGGGACUCGAGUCAUCAUCUCUACCCAAGAGCCCACCGUCUCGACCGCUUUGUUGAAUCUGUGCUCGGUUACAAUUGUUCAUCGCUUUACCUCCCCUGAGUGGCUUCGAACGUUGCAGAAACAUCUUGCAGCGGCUGCAUCUGACCCUUUCUCUUCAAAGAGUGGUUCCGGCAAUAAUAGUAGCGAGAUGGAAGAACCAGGGGCCGAGAUCUAUUCUACCUCAGCGUUUGACGAUAUUGUCCGUCUUCGCGUUGGCGAAGCCCUGUUAUUCGCGCCGAGCGCUAUUGUCAAGGUCGGAGCACGGGAGGAUGGCCGAGUAGAGUUCCACAGACUUGGUUCUGACUUUUUGCCUAUAAAAGUCCGGGAACGGUUGACCUCUGAUGGUGGAAAAAGUGUCCUUUCUGUUUAA